CAGCAUUGGGUCCCGUGUACCGGAGAAAUCCAACAGUUCCGCCGUCCGAUUCAGUCUUCUUCAGACAGUGGUUGUGUCAUAACAAAAGUGCCGUCUUACGGAUCUAACCAAUUAACGUCUCCAAGAUGCGCUGGGUAUAUUUCUUGGCAUUUCUGAUGAUUGGCUGUUUAGCCGAAGAAGACAUCUCAGACGAACCCUCGAUUGCAGACCCACCGGCCAAAUUGGAUAGUAGCCUACGACGUGCUCUUCUAAGAGCACUCACCGAAUUAGAAAAUGAAGAAAACGAUAAAUUAUCAUCGCAAGAACCCAACGACAAAAUCGUAACCAAAGCGAAAGCGUCAGCGGUUACAAUUCUCACUAGUUCUGAAGAAACUAAAAAUGAAGAAACACAAGAGUCCACAACUGAAGUAGAGAAAAACGAGGUUAUUGUUCAAAAAAGUAAUGGCGUCCAGUCAAAACUAAUAACAACAAUCGAAAAUCAAGAUUUGGAUCCUAUUGGUGAAGCUGAAAACUUCUUAACCAGUGCCAGUAAUAGUUUCAGCCCACAGAAUAACAAAGUCUUGCACGAAAAGACCGAAGACAUCAAAACUGCUGAUGUUAACAAUCGCAUAAAUACUAUUGAACAAGUGGACAUAACAACUACAACAGCAACCAAAAGGCCUACCGUGGAAACCACCACAGCAACCACGACUACAACGUCAACCGAAGAAAGUGAGGCCAAAGCUGAAGAAAUUCAAUUUAUCAAUGCACCUCUUGUAGCUGCGUUUACGGUUCAUCAAGACGAAAGAGGUCUUCCAAAACGUGUCGAACCAAUUUAUAAACCUACUCCGAACUCUAGAAAAGUAACGGCUACUGAACUGAAAAUCAUUGAACAAGCAAAAUUGAGGCAAGAGGCAAUUAUUAAGCAACAAGUGGCUGAGCAACAACGUAUUAGACAACAAUAUGAACUUCAACAAAAGCAAAAGGUUCUGGAACAAGAAAUUCAACGUUUAAAACAAAUCCAGCAACAACAAGAAAUUUUCUUAAGACAGCAAUUACAAAGAGAAAAAUUAUUGGAGGAAGAAAUUAGGUUACGUAAUAGUGGUCUUCCCUUUAUCCCUGUUGGAAAAACGCAUAUUUCCAAUCAAAUUAUUCAAACUACUCAACAAAAACCUGCUCAGUUAACUUCAGCGAAAAAAGAAGUUGUCACGAGCGAAACUAAGGAAGCCGUUAAAACUAAAACAGAUUCGAUUACUCUUCAACCCAGCAUUUCUUUCGAUCCGGUGGUAGAAGCCGGCAAAUUGCCAAUUAACGGACAAGUGUUGCCAGUUAGAAAUGCUGUCAACUUCCAUCAGCCAAUUAUUCAAACGUCUACUUUCGAACAAUACCAUUCUUUAGCUCCAGGAAUACCCAAUAUUGUUACACUCAGAAAUUUCCAGCCAAUCCUUGUUGAACCGGACGUAAGUGCUUUUACCACCCCAAGAAGUAACAGAGUGUUCAGACAAGAAAGUGACACAGGUAACUUCUUUAAUAGGAAUGUAAACAAUUUAGGUGGCUCGUCAUUUUCCAUUCAAAAAUCAGUUCAGCCUCCACCAUUUCAGCAAGACAACAGAUUCCUUAAGUCUAAUCUUCAGACUACAUUCAGCGUACCAAGUACUUUCAGCAUCGUCCCGUCAGUAGAACAAUCAUCUUCAUAUAACUUCAACGCUUUCAAUCAGCAACCCAUUCAUCACAACAGGUUUUUCAGGUCAAACUAUGACAAUCAUCAAAUAAUUUCCAACAAUUAUCAACCUCAUAACUCACAAACCGUCCAUGGUCGUUUAAAUAACCUCAUCUACAAUUCUGGUCUCGUUAGAAAUAAUGAACAACAAGAAAAUCUCGGAGUUGUCUCUAAGGUUUUAUCUUUAAAUCAUGAUAGUUUCUUUGCAGGAUCAAACCCAAUUCCCCAAACAAUACAACCACCGCCAAGGAAAGCUUGAUGAUUAGUCCAGAUAUUUUAUUUCUGGAAAACAUGAUAGUCAUUAUUUUAGUGUUUGAACUGAAAGUGUUAAAGUGACAAAUGGACAAAAAACCUCUUGAAGCCAGAAUGCUUGUCAUGUCUACUAUAUGUACCUAGUAAUAGAAUAAUUCUUGAAAAGAAGAUGUUUUAAUGGUACCUUUAUUUUUAAACUUAACAAUCUAGAGUGUAAUAUUUAUUUAUUUAGAAUUUAGAUAUAACUUGUUAACAUUAUAAGAUUUGUAUAAAUAAAAUUUUUCAAAA